GUCUCUGCUCCGACGCCCCGCCCCGGAGGGACGCUCUCCAGCGGAGUAGGCAGUUGGGCUGUGGGCUCCAGGUUCGCACUGCGGGAAAGUCGCCGCGUCCCGGAACUCCGGCGAUGGAGAAGGCGCUGGCGGUGCCGCGGCUGCCCCCGCACGACCCGGGGACUCCGGCGCUCUCGGUGGUGGACAUGCACACGGGCGGCGAGCCCCUGCGCAUCGUGCUGGCGGGGUGUCCGGAAGUGGCUGGCCCCACUCUGCUGGCCAAGCGGCGCUACAUGCGGCAGCACCUUGACCAUCUGCGACGACGGCUCAUGUUCGAGCCCCGGGGUCACCGGGACAUGUACGGAGCUGUGCUGGUGCCUAGCGAGUUGCCGGAGGCGCACCUGGGCGUCCUGUUCCUGCACAACGAAGGCUACAGCUCCAUGUGCGGCCACGCAGUGCUGGCGCUGGGCCGCUUCGCCCUCGACUUCGGGCUGGUACCCGCACCCCCGGCCGGCGUCCGCGAGGCCCGAGUCAACAUCCACUGCCCGUGCGGGCUGGUGGCCGCCUUCGUGGAAUGCGAGGGCGGCCGCAGCUGUGGCCGGGUGCGCUUCCACAGCGUCCCGGCCUUCGCGCUGGCCACAGAUCUCUUAGUGGAUGUUCCUGGUCAUGGAAAGAUGGCGGUAGAUAUUGCAUAUGGUGGGGCAUUUUAUGCAUUUGUUAGCGCUGAAAGGUUGGGACUUGACAUUUGUUCUGCAAAGACAAGGGACCUUGUGGAUGCAGCAAGUGCAGUGAUGGAAGCAGUCAAAGCUCAGUUUCAAAUCAGUCAUCCUGAGAGUGAAGACCUUUCCUUUCUGUAUGGAACCAUAGUGACAGAUGGAAAAGACACUUAUAGUGAGGAACCAACGACCAACAUCUGUGUGUUUGCAGAUGAACAGGUUGACCGAAGUCCUACUGGCUCAGGAGUGACGGCCCGAAUUGCCUUACAGUACCACAAAGGGCUUCUAGAACUGAACCAGAGCAGAGCCUUUAAAAGCAGUACCACCGGCUCAGUAUUCACGGGCAAGGCUGUGAGGGAAGCAAAAUGUGGGGAUUUUAAAGCUGUUAUAGUGGAAGUGUCUGGACAAGCCCAUUACACAGGUACAGCAAGUUUUAUAGUGGAAGAUGACGACCCACUGAAGAACGGAUUCCUUCUCAAGUGACUUCAGUACUCCUCAGGGCUUUCUCUGAAUUAUGUGGAAAAUGAUACCCAAUUGUAUGACUUCCAAUCUUUCUGAAGUGUUAUGCUGUAACUAAAUAUAAUCAUUAUACCUCAUAUUUGCACAUGUAAUUGGUAUAAAUGUCACCUAUGUCUAACCUACAAAAUGCUGAAAAUUCCAAAUAUUUGUCUAGUUAUUAACAUACCAGGUAAAAUUAAUACCUCAGUGUUGUUAACUUUUAAAAUGUUAUUCUAUGCUACUUACUGUAAUAUUUUGUUGUAGAUGCUCUUUGAAUUAUAACUUGAUUUGUAGCCCUCACGACGACUCUUACAAGUUCAGUAUUUUAGUCUUCCAGGUUUUGAGUAAGAUAAUGUCCUCUCUUUGAGCAGGAUGUAAGGGAGAUGGGUUUCUGUGAGGUACUAAACUCUUAGCCUACACAGCCUGGGAAGGACUGGGGUGGGCCAGCUUCUGGGGACAGAUGUUAUGGCUCCUACCAGGAUGUUCUCUGUGCUGCAAAGCCCAGCUCCUCCUCCAAGGUAAAUGAGGUGCCAUUAGCUGAUGUGAGGAGACCAAUGAAUAAUCAGAUUUCUGCUACAUCUUUAUGGCCCUUAUAAAAGGGAUUGUUUCUGCAUUAUAAACACGGGAAAUUGAUGAAUUACUAGAGUAGGGUGAGUCUCCUACACAACCAAACACAUGCCCCAUAGAUUUAGGCCUGAAAGAAAUGUUAACUAUUAAUUCUUGCUAGUUAAUUGUCUGUGAAUCUGUUAAGAAUAAUAUUUGAUCAGGGCGCCUGGGUGGCUCAGUUGGUUAAGUGUCUGACUUUUGGUUUUGGCUCAGGUUAUGAUCUCAGGGUCAUGAGAUCGAGCCCUGAGUCAGGCUCAGUGUGGAGUCUGCUUGAGAUUCUUUCUCCUGCUCUGCUCUUCACUGCCCCCUGCUCUCUCUUGCGCUCUCACUCCCUAAAAGAAAUAAGUGAAAUCUUUGAAAAUAAAUAAACAAAGUAAAACUUGAUCAUUUUUCAGUCACUAAAAAUGAGGUAUUAAAAAGUUAUUCAAUACGUGCUGCUCUCAAUAGACAGCAGAUUCCUGUGAAAUAUUUGUUUUUCUGAGCAUAUGGAAACUGAAGUAAUUAAUAUUAACUGAUUUUGUCAUCCAGUUAUUAAGUGUGUGAUUGAAUUACCAGAUCAAAAUGAAAGAUUUUUAGCUUUAUAAUUUUAUAGUUAAUGUUCUUGAUUUCCCUAUUAUAUAAAAAUUAAUGUUUUCCAUUCAUUCUCUAUAAAAUUCUAUGGUGAAGAAAUCACUUAUCUUAAAAAAGAAAUGACACUAUCACUAGCUUAAUAUCACAAGAGAUUUUCUACAUGUCAGUGAGAUUUGUUGUACUUUCCUUUUAAAAUGAAAAUAGACGGGAACCUGGAUGUCUCAGUUAAGUGUCAGCCUUUGCCUCAGGUCAUGAUCCCAGGGUCCUAGGAUUGAACCCCCACAUGGAGCUCCCUGCUCGGGGUGGGGGGGGUGGUGUCUGAUUCUCCUUCUCGCACUCCUCCUGCUUGUGUACUCUCUCUCUCUAAUAAAUAAAUAAAAUAUUUUAAAAUAAAUAAAAUGAAAA